AUGGCUCGUGAUCACAGCCCGCUGCCGAACAUAAUUUUAACUAUAUGUAUUUGCGCAUUUGGUAUUUUCGGCAACUCAAUGAUCAUUCUUGCUACAAUCACUUCUAAAAAAUUGAGAGGCCGCUGCAAUGUACUAAUUUGUAUGCUGGCCGUCUCAGACCUUUUCUGCUGCGUCUACCUAAUACACCUUCGAGUGAUGAUGCUUUGUGGGUGGUACAUCCAAAGAACUGAUCUGUGUUACUGGCACAGUAUCUAUGGACUAUUAGCGCUGAACGCUGGAUCAGCUCUGGGACUCAUCCUUGGAAUUGACCGCUUUUUGGCAGUGUUUUGGCCUAUGAGGUUAGUGGAUUUAUGCAAAAAUUUGCCCUUUUGUCGCCGUUACCCGCUGUUGAUGAGAUCGUCGGGAACGAAGGUAUCACAACCAAGUAGUAAAUCCUCUUACAAAUAUGUUGAGGAUGCAAUAGCAACUUCUGCCUUCCGCAUUAGAAAAUAAAG